AUGAACCAUUUUGUUCCCGUCUUCGAAAUGGAGGACGACGAUGGAAUCCCUUCUUCUUCGGCCUUCAAUGGCCUCAAGAAAUCAUCCGCGUCUGAGGACGACAUCAUGGAGCUACUCUGGCAGAACGGCCAAGUUGUUGUCCAGAGCCAAACGCAGAGAUCUCUCAAGAGAUCCCCCAAACACGACGGCGGCGGCGGCCUGAACCCAGCCGACCACUCAGCGUUCAAGGAGAUCCGGCCGUCUUUCCAUGACCAUCCUGCUCUGCCUGCUCCCCACCUGUUUAUGCAAGAGGACGAGAUGGCCUCCUGGCUUCAUUACCCCAUCCACGAACCCAAUUUUGAUCAGGACCUCUGCGCCGAUCUCCUCUAUCCAGCUGCCCCCUGCAUCACCGCCGCUCUCACCGCCGCCACAGGCACCGCCUCAGCGACGACCAACGUCGGCGGUCCUCCUGUUCGCCCCUUGCAGAAUCAGCACUUGGCCGUCGCCAGGCCGCCGAUUCCUCCCCCUAGGAAGCCUGAUGUGGUUCAGAACUUCGCGCACUUCUCCAGGCACAGAGCGGCCGCGGUCAGGGGAAACAUGGCUGAAUCAGGACCUUCUAAUUCCAAGACGGUGGUGAGGGAAUCCACGGUCGUUGACUCAAGCGAUACCCCGGCGCUGCGGCUUAAUUCUCGAGUCUCGGAGGCUUUUGUGGCCGCUUCGAUCAGCGACAAUCUUGGCGGAACCCUGAGCGUGUCGGCAGCUGGCGUGAGCGGCGGCGCUGGGCACGGAGCGAUGGCGGCGGGUCCCUCGACCUCCACCAAGACGACUAAGGACGUGAUGACCUGCGAGAUGACGGUGACGUCAUCUCCCGGCGGCUCCAGCUCGAGCGCGGUGCCGGCGACUCAGAGUCAGCGGACGGAGGAUAGGAAGCGGAAGGGGAGGGAGGAGGAGGGCGAGUAUCACAGCGAGGAUGCUGAGUUUGAAUCUGUGGAAGUGAAGAAACAAGCUCGCGGAUCAACUUCAUCCAAUAAGCGGUCUCGCGCUGCUGAGGUUCACAACCUCUCUGAAAGGAGGCGUAGAGAUCGGAUCAACGAAAAGAUGAGGGCCUUGCAAGAACUUAUACCACGUUGCAACAAGUCAGACAAAGCUUCUAUGCUGGAUGAGGCGAUUGAAUACUUGAAGUCUCUUCAAUUGCAAGUACAGAUGAUGUCCAUGGGAUGCAGCAUGGUUCCUAUGAUGUUUCCUGGCGUCCAGCAAUACAUGCCACCUAUGGGUAUGGGGAUGGGUAUGGGGAUGGGAAUGGAGAUGGGAAUGAACCGGCCAAUGAUGCCAUUUCCAAAUGUUUUGGCUGGUGGAUCCUUGCAGUCAGCAGCUGCUCAUUUGGGCCAGAGGUUUCCUGUGCCAGCCUUUCAGAUGCCGCCUGUCUUGCAUCCUGAUGCAUCCCGAAUUCAAGUUGCAAACCAGUCAGAUCCCAUGCUAAGCACACUAGGCGCAUCGACCCUGGGCCAACAAAGGCCUCCAAACUUUCCUGAUCCCUAUCAGCAAUUCCUUGGUCUCCACCAGAUGCAGAUGCCAAUACCAAUGCCACAGAAUCAACUAAUACCCCAGCCAAGUACGAGCAAGCCCAGUUCAAGUCCUGGAGGUGAACACGGUGAUGGUCAUCAGUCUGGUACGUUCUUUCAUCUCGUCUCACUUCAAUUUACUGUGAUUGUUUGGAUCACCACUACUUAA